UUUGUUGGCUCUGCAGAAACUGCAGACAGCUGACAGUUUGUGCAUGGCUGCGCUGUGUUGGGAAAACAAACUACUUGAUUGCGAAUGAAGAAAAAGUAGUAUUUAACCGUCAUUGAUCUCGUUAAACCGCAACCAUGGUUUUAGCAGAUUUGGGGCGGAAGAUUACUUCCGCAUUGCGGUCCCUCAGCAAUGCCACAGUUAUCAAUGAAGAGGUUCUUAAUGCUAUGCUAAAGGAGAUAUGUUCAGCCCUGCUGGAAGCUGAUGUAAACAUCCGUCUUGUUAAAAAACUACGUGAGAAUGUCAGGUCAGUUAUUGACUUUGAGGAAAUGGCAGGAGGGCUGAACAAGAGACGAAUGAUUCAAAGCGCCGUGUUCAAAGAACUUGUAAAACUUGUUGACCCAGGAGUAAAAGCUCACCAACCAGUGAAAGGGAAACCAAAUAUCAUAAUGUUUGUGGGUUUGCAAGGUUCUGGUAAAACUACUACUUGUACAAAAUUAGCCUACCAUUACCUGAAGAAAAACUGGAAAGCUUGCCUAGUGUGUGCUGACACAUUCCGUGCUGGUGCUUAUGACCAGCUCAAACAGAAUGCCACUAAAGCUAGAAUUCCAUUUUAUGGAAGUUAUACAGAAGUAGACCCUGUGGUCAUUGCGCAAGAUGGUGUUGACAUGUUUAAAAAAGAAGGAUUUGAAAUUAUUAUUGUGGACACCAGUGGUAGACACAAACAAGAAGAAUCUCUAUUCGAGGAAAUGUUGGCUGUUUCUAAUGCUAUUAGACCAGAUAACAUUAUUUUUGUAAUGGAUGCCACUAUUGGUCAAGCCUGUGAGGCACAGGCUAGGGCUUUUAAAGAAAAAGUUGAUGUAGGUUCUGUUAUCAUCACAAAAUUAGACGGCCAUGCUAAGGGAGGUGGUGCGCUCAGCGCAGUUGCUGCAACAAACAGUCCUGUGAUUUUCAUUGGUACUGGAGAACACAUAGAUGAUCUGGAAUCAUUCAAAACAAAACCGUUUGUGAGCAAGUUGUUGGGUAUGGGUGAUAUUGAAGGACUCAUUGACAAAGUAAAUGAGCUAAAGCUAGAUGACAAUGAAGAAUUAAUUGAGAAAAUAAAGCAUGGCCAGUUCACUUUACGUGACAUGUAUGAACAGUUCCAAAAUAUAAUGAAAAUGGGACCUUUUUCACAGAUAAUGGGUAUGAUUCCUGGCUUUAGUCAGGAAAUAUUAUCUAAGGGUAGUGAACAAGAAUCUAUGGCUCGUCUCAAACGUCUGAUGACAAUUAUGGAUAGUAUGAAUGAUGGAGAGUUAGACAACAGGGAUGGAGCAAAACUUUUCAGCAAGCAGCAGGGACGAAUUAUUCGAGUAGCUCAAGGAGCUGGAGUAACAGAAAAAGAAGUAAAAGAUCUAAUAUCUCAAUACACGAAAUUCGCUGCUGUUGUGAAGAGAAUGGGAGGUAUCAAAGGCCUCUUCAAAGGAGGGGACAUGGCUAAAAAUGUCAACCCUACUCAAAUGGCCAAACUCAACCAACAAAUGGCAAAGAUGAUGGAUCCAAGAGUGUUGCAGCAGAUGGGUGGUAUGUCUGGACUACAGAAUAUGAUGAGACAGUUACAACAAGGUGCUGCUGGUGGCUUAGGAAAUUUAAUGGGUGGAUUUGGAGGUAAAUCUUGAAACAGACUUCUAGCAUACAUUUGAAAAUGAUCCAACUUUCAGAGAUAAAAACAAAGCUUUCAGGAAACUAAAUAAACCUCUGCAAGACUAUUAAAUUUUAAGUUUUUACAAGUUUGUUGUUAUUAAAUUUUCUAUGAACUACAGUAUAAAAUAUGCAAUGUGCUGAUAGAUGAAGGGACAAGAACAUGUUUCUGACCUUUAACAGUAAACAGUAAAGCUAGUUUUGAUCAGACUUCACCAUAUCCCUCAAGAAAUACACUGAUGACAAAAGAAGUGUGUGGUGGUGGGUUUGGAAAAAGAUGAGGGUGCCGAUUUGUUCUAACUCGCAGGCCUGGUGGAAAUUUGAAAAAUAAGUAAAUAAAUUCAGUAUAGAUUUAAUAACGUUGAUGCUGCUAGAACUCUGACGCAUGGAUUCAUUGUUAACGCUAAGAUCUAUAUUAUUUUGUCAUUCCAUGGCAAAAUGGACUUGCCAGCUGAUACAAUGAUUAUCAUCAUAUUUUGUCAUUUCUUGUAUUUUGUACCUAUCGUGUAACGAAGGUUCUUGGUGGGCAUUGUUUACAUCUCCAUGAUUUAUGAGAGUGAUGCACAUAUUAUAUGUUACAAGAAUCUGUGUGAAUUUUUGUGUUGUCGUUAUGAGAAAAAUAUAUAUGUUGAUUCUUAA